CGCUGCCCCCCGCCCCUCCCCGCAGUCACUGCGCGCUCCCGUGUUCGUCUUGCCCGCCUCCUGCCUGCUCCACACAGCUCUCAGGGGCUGCGCUGCCUGGACAGAGAAAUUUCUCCUCCAUUUGGAUACCCUCCCGUCUUCUCUUCUCCUUUGUUAUUUAUUCCCCCAGCUAUCCCUUCUGAAAGGGCCAGUGUGAAAGUCUUUUUGAUUGCCAGAAAUUUCUUUUGCACUGUGUGGGCAGGAAACAGAUUUUUUUUCCUCCCUCGUCCCCCGAACUGUCUCUUUUUCUCAUUUAUUAAUUUUGCUUUCCGUUUCUUUCCUUCCCCUGCGCAUUUUUCUGUAGACUUUAUCUUCUUUCCCCGACAAUUUCACCACCUCCCCCUUUUCCUUCCUCUCCCUCCCUCCAGUCCCCUUCCCCCACCCUUUGCUCUUUUAAAAUAAUUCAAGGAUGCCUCGGGGUUACUAGCACACCCUCCUUCAGCUGAGCUCGGGACUCUGCAUUAAUUCAAGAGCAAUGUUCUGUGAUGGUGCCCGAGAUGCGUGGACUGAGCCCAGGCCGAAGGCUGCCCGAGCCUGCCCUGUGCCCGGCUACAGGAGGGAGCCCUGAGCCCGGGGCUGUUGGCAGGCGCCGCCACGUCCUGGCUCUGCCUGAGGAGGAGGCAUGGCGGCCGCAGCAGUGUGCCCUGCUCGAGGCCGAUGCCUCCGACGAGGUGGGCAUGCUGCCUGCUUCCCCGCGCUCUGCGGUGUCCGGCUUCGACAACUUCUUCCCGGUGCAGGAGGGCGAGGGCCCAGGCUGGGAGGGCAGCACCACGCUGGAUGCAGGCUCCAGUCCCUUCCUCCCUGUGAGCCCAGAGGUCAUGAAGCGGAGGCGAGGGGGGCUCAUCGAGCAGCGGGACAUCAUCAAGGCCCACGAGGCACACAAGAUGCAGAGCACCCCGCAGGCCCGGCGCAAGGAGUGGGAGAUGGCUCGCUUCGGGGAGGCGGUGGUCGUUGGCAGACCAGGCUCAGGCGAUGGAGACUCGGACCAGAGCAGGAACCGACAAGGAACCCCCGUACCGGCCUCGGGGCCGGCGGCCGCCUACAAGCAGUCAAAAGCGCAGAGGGCGCGGACUAUGGCUUUGUACAACCCCAUACCAGUCCGGCAGAACUGUUUCACGGUCAACAGAUCCCUGUUCAUCUUCGGAGAAGAUAACAUUGUCAGGAAAUAUGCCAAGAAGCUCAUCGAUUGGCCGCCAUUUGAGUACAUGAUCCUGGCCACCAUCAUUGCCAACUGCAUCGUCUUGGCCCUGGAGCAGCAUCUUCCUGAGGAUGACAAGACCCCAAUGUCCCGAAGACUGGAGAAGACAGAACCAUAUUUUAUUGGAAUCUUCUGCUUUGAAGCUGGGAUCAAAAUCGUGGCUCUAGGAUUCAUCUUCCAUAAGGGUUCGUACCUCCGUAACGGCUGGAAUGUCAUGGACUUCAUUGUGGUCCUCAGUGGCAUCCUGGCCACUGCAGGAACCCAUUUCAACACCCACGUGGACCUGCGGACCCUCCGGGCUGUGCGUGUCCUGAGGCCCUUAAAGCUCGUGUCAGGAAUACCUAGCCUGCAGAUCGUGCUGAAGUCCAUCAUGAAGGCCAUGGUGCCUCUUCUGCAGAUUGGCCUUCUGCUCUUCUUUGCCAUUCUCAUGUUUGCCAUCAUUGGCUUGGAGUUCUACAGUGGCAAGUUGCAUCGAGCAUGCUUCAUGAACAAUUCAGGUAUUCUAGAGGGAUUUGAUCCUCCUCACCCGUGUGGUGUACAGGGCUGCCCGGCUGGUUAUGAAUGUAAGGACUGGAUCGGCCCCAAUGACGGGAUCACCCAGUUUGACAACAUCCUUUUUGCUGUGCUGACUGUCUUCCAAUGCAUCACUAUGGAAGGGUGGACCACUGUGCUGUACAAUACCAAUGAUGCCUUAGGAGCCACCUGGAACUGGCUGUACUUCAUCCCCCUCAUCAUCAUCGGAUCCUUCUUUGUUCUCAACCUUGUCCUGGGCGUGCUUUCCGGGGAAUUUGCCAAAGAAAGAGAGAGAGUGGAGAACCGAAGAGCAUUCAUGAAGCUCCGGCGUCAGCAACAGAUUGAGCGCGAGUUGAAUGGCUACCGCGCCUGGAUAGACAAAGCAGAGGAAGUCAUGCUUGCUGAAGAAAAUAAAAACUCGGGAACAUCAGCCUUGGAAGUGCUUCGAAGGGCAACCAUCAAAAGGAGCCGGACGGAGGCCAUGACCCGAGACUCCAGCGAUGAGCACUGCGUUGAUAUCUCUUCAGUGGGCACACCUCUUGCCAGAGCCAGUAUCAAGAGCACAAAAGUAGAUGGAGCCUCCUAUUUCCGGCACAAGGAACGGCUUCUGCGUAUCUCUAUCCGACACAUGGUCAAGUCGCAAGUGUUCUACUGGAUCGUCCUGAGUGUUGUGGCUCUCAAUACUGCCUGUGUGGCCAUCGUUCAUCACAACCAGCCACAGUGGCUCACUCACCUCCUCUACUAUGCAGAAUUUUUGUUUCUGGGACUCUUCCUGUUGGAGAUGUCCCUGAAGAUGUAUGGCAUGGGGCCACGCCUUUAUUUUCACUCAUCCUUCAACUGCUUUGAUUUUGGGGUCACAGUGGGCAGCAUCUUUGAGGUCGUUUGGGCAAUCUUCCGACCUGGCACAUCUUUUGGAAUCAGUGUCUUACGAGCUCUCCGGCUCCUAAGGAUAUUUAAAAUAACCAAGUAUUGGGCAUCCCUCCGGAAUCUGGUUGUUUCCUUGAUGAGCUCCAUGAAGUCUAUCAUCAGCUUACUCUUCCUCCUCUUCCUCUUCAUUGUUGUCUUUGCUCUCCUGGGAAUGCAGCUCUUUGGAGGCAGGUUUAACUUUAAUGAUGGGACUCCUUCGGCUAAUUUUGAUACCUUCCCUGCAGCUAUCAUGACAGUGUUCCAGAUCCUGACGGGGGAAGACUGGAAUGAAGUGAUGUAUAACGGCAUCCGCUCCCAGGGUGGGGUGAGCUCAGGCAUGUGGUCUGCCAUCUACUUCAUUGUGCUCACCUUGUUUGGAAACUACACACUGCUGAAUGUAUUCUUGGCUAUCGCUGUGGACAAUCUCGCCAAUGCCCAGGAACUGACCAAGGAUGAGCAGGAGGAAGAAGAAGCCUUCAACCAGAAACAUGCACUGCAGAAGGCCAAGGAGGUCAGCCCGAUGUCUGCUCCCAACAUGCCUUCCAUUGAAAGAGACAGAAGGAGAAGACACCACAUGUCGAUGUGGGAGCCGCGCAGCAGCCACCUGAGGGAGAGGAGACGCCGACACCACAUGUCUGUGUGGGAACAGCGCACCAGCCAGCUGAGGAGGCACAUGCAAAUGUCUAGCCAAGAAGCCCUCAACAAAGAGGAGGCCCCACCAAUGAACCCCCUCAAUCCACUCAACCCACUGAGUCCUCUCAACCCACUCAAUGCUCAUCCUAGCCUCUAUCGGAGGCCCAGGCCCAUUGAGGGCCUAGCCCUGGGCUUGGGUCUUGAAAAAUGUGAAGAGGAGCGUAUCAGCCGUGGAGGUUCUCUCAAGGGGGACAUAGGUGGCCUGACUAGCGUCCUGGACAACCAGAGGAGCCCUUUGUCCCUGGGCAAACGGGAGCCACCGUGGCUGCCCAGAUCCUGUCAUGGAAACUGUGACCCAACCCAGCAGGAGACUGGGGGAGGAGAGACUGUGGUGACUUUUGAGGACCGGGCCAGGCACAGGCAGAGUCAGAGGCGAAGCCGGCAUCGCCGAGUCAGGACUGAGGGCAAGGAGUCUGCCUCUGCCUCCAGAAGCAGGUCUGCCAGCCAGGAGCGGAGUCUGGAUGAAGGGGUGUCCAUCGAUGGGGAGAAGGAACACGAGCCUCAGAGCAGCCACAGGAGCAAGGAGCCAACCAUCCAUGAAGAAGAGAGAACUCAGGACUUAAGGAGGACCAACAGUCUGAUGGUCCCCAGGGGCUCAGGACUGGUAGGAGCUCUUGAUGAGGCAGAAACACCUCUAGUCCAGCCCCAACCUGAGCUGGAAGUGGGGAAGGAUGCAGCUCUGACAGAGCAGGAGGCUGAAGGCAGCAGCGAGCAAGCCCUGCUUGCGGAUGUACAGCUGGAUGUGGGCCGGGGCAUUAGCCAGAGUGAACCUGACCUCUCCUGCAUGACAACCAACAUGGACAAGGCUACCACUGAGAGCACCAGUGUCACAGUCGCCAUCCCUGACAUGGACCCCUUGGUGGACUCAACAGUGGUGAACAUUAGCAACAAGACGGAUGGAGAAGCCAGUCCCUUGAAGGAAGCAGAGACCAAAGAGGAAGAGGAAGAGGUGGAAAAGAAGAAGCAGAAGAAGGAGAAGCGGGAGACUGGAAAAGCCAUGGUGCCCCAUAGCUCUAUGUUCAUCUUCAGCACCACUAACCCGAUCCGCAAGGCUUGCCACUACAUUGUGAAUCUACGCUACUUUGAGAUGUGCAUUCUCUUGGUGAUUGCGGCCAGCAGCAUUGCCCUGGCAGCUGAGGACCCUGUACUAACUAACUCAGAGCGUAACAAAGUCCUGAGAUAUUUCGACUAUGUUUUCACAGGAGUGUUUACCUUUGAGAUGGUGAUAAAGAUGAUAGACCAAGGCUUGAUCCUGCAGGAUGGAUCGUACUUCCGAGACCUCUGGAAUAUCCUGGACUUUGUGGUAGUGGUUGGUGCAUUGGUAGCAUUUGCUCUGGCGAACGCUUUGGGAACCAACAAGGGGCGGGAUAUCAAGACGAUCAAGUCUCUGAGGGUACUUCGAGUUCUGCGACCACUGAAAACCAUCAAGCGCUUGCCCAAACUGAAGGCUGUGUUUGACUGCGUGGUGACCUCCUUGAAGAAUGUCUUCAACAUACUCAUUGUCUACAAGCUCUUUAUGUUCAUCUUUGCCGUCAUUGCUGUUCAGUUAUUCAAGGGAAAGUUCUUUUAUUGCACCGACAGUUCCAAGGACACAGAGAAGGAAUGCAUAGGCAACUAUGUAGACCACGAGAAAAACAAGAUGGAGGUGAAGGGCCGGGAGUGGAAGCGUCAUGAAUUCCACUAUGACAACAUCAUCUGGGCCCUGCUGACCCUCUUCACCGUCUCCACGGGGGAAGGAUGGCCUCAGGUUCUGCAGCACUCGGUAGAUGUGACAGAGGAGGACAGAGGCCCAAGCCGCAGCAACCGCAUGGAGAUGUCCAUCUUCUAUGUGGUCUACUUUGUGGUCUUCCCUUUCUUCUUUGUCAAUAUCUUCGUGGCCCUCAUUAUCAUCACCUUCCAGGAGCAAGGGGACAAGAUGAUGGAGGAGUGUAGCCUAGAAAAGAAUGAGCGGGCAUGCAUCGACUUCGCCAUUAGUGCCAAACCUCUCACCCGCUACAUGCCACAAAACAGGCACACCUUCCAGUACCGCGUGUGGCACUUCGUAGUCUCGCCAUCCUUUGAGUAUACCAUCAUGGCCAUGAUUGCCUUGAACACCGUUGUGCUGAUGAUGAAGUACUAUUCUGCUCCUUGGACCUAUGAGCUCGCCCUAAAGUACCUGAACAUCGCCUUCACUAUGGUGUUUUCCCUAGAAUGUGUCCUAAAGGUCAUCGCUUUCGGCUUCUUGAACUAUUUCCGAGAUACCUGGAACAUCUUUGACUUCAUUACCGUGAUCGGCAGUAUCACAGAAAUUAUCCUGACAGACAGCAAGCUGGUGAACACCAGUGGCUUCAAUAUGAGCUUUCUGAAGCUCUUCCGAGCUGCACGGCUCAUAAAGCUUCUGCGACAGGGCUACACCAUCCGCAUCUUACUGUGGACCUUCGUGCAGUCCUUUAAGGCUCUCCCCUAUGUCUGCCUUCUGAUUGCCAUGCUUUUCUUCAUCUACGCUAUCAUUGGGAUGCAGGUGUUUGGAAACAUAAAGUUAGAUGAGGAGAGUCAUAUCAACCGGCACAACAACUUUCGGAGUUUCUUCGGGUCUCUCAUGCUGCUUUUCAGGAGCGCCACAGGGGAGGCUUGGCAGGAGAUUAUGUUGUCAUGUCUGGGCGAGAAGGGCUGUGAGCCUGACACCACUGCACCCUCAGGGCAGAACGAGAGUGAGCGCUGUGGCACUGACCUGGCCUACGUUUAUUUUGUCUCCUUCAUCUUCUUCUGCUCCUUCCUGAUGCUCAACCUGUUUGUGGCUGUUAUCAUGGACAACUUUGAGUACCUGACUCGAGAUUCGUCCAUCCUGGGGCCUCACCACUUGGAUGAAUUUGUCCGUGUCUGGGCAGAGUAUGACAGAGCAGCAUGCGGCAGGAUCCCGUAUAAGGAUAUGUACAAAUUAGUGCGGGUGAUCUCGCCUCCUCUGGGCCUGGGAGAGAACUGCCCCUACAGGGUGGCUUGCAAGAGGUUGGUCCUGAUGAAUAUGCCAGUGGCUGAGGACAUGACAGUCCAUUUCACCUCCACACUUAUGGCUCUGAUCCGGACAGCUCUGGACAUUAAAAUCGCCAAAGGUGGUGCAGACAGACAGCAGCUAGACUCAGAGCUACAAAAAGAGACCCUGGCCAUUUGGCCUCACCUGUCCCAAAAGAUGUUGGAUCUGCUAGUGCCCAUGCCCAAAGCCUCUGACCUGACUGUGGGCAAGAUCUAUGCAGCAAUGAUGAUUAUGGACUACUAUAAACAGAGUAAGGUAAAGAAACAGAGACAGCAGCUGGAAGAACAGAAAAAUGCACCCAUGUUCCAGCGCAUGGAGCCCUCCUCACUGCCUCAGGAGAUCAUUUCUAAUGCCAAAGCCCUGCCUUAUCUCCAGCAGGACCCUGUUUCUGGCCUGAGUGGUCGGAGUGGAUACCCUUCAAUGAGUCCACUCUCCCCUCAAGAAAUAUUCCAGUUGGCUUGUAUGGACCCAGCGGAUGAUGGACAAUUCCAGGAACAGCAAUCGCUGGUGAAUGAACGAGAGCCAGAGGUUAGUGAAUUAAAAAGUGUGCAGUCCUCUAACCAUGGCAUCUACCUUCCUCCGGACACCCAGGAGCAUGCGGGAUCUGGGAGGGCAUCCUCUAUGCCACGUCUGACUAUGGAUCCCCAGGUGGUAACAGACCCUAGCUCUAUGCGACGUUCAUUUUCUACAAUUCGGGAUAAGCGUUCAAAUUCCUCCUGGUUGGAGGAGUUCUCCAUGGAACGUAGCAGUGAAAACACCUACAAGUCACGACGCAGAAGUUACCAUUCCUCCCUGAGGCUGUCAGCCCACCGCCUGAAUUCUGACUCUGGUCACAAGUCUGACACUCACCGCUCAGGAGGCAGGGAGAGAGGCCGAUCCAAAGAACGAAAGCAUCUCCUCUCUCCGGAUGUCUCCCGCUGCAAUUCUGAGGAGCGAGGAACCCAGGCUGACUGGGAGUCCCCAGAACGUCGCCAGUCCAGGUCACCCAGUGAGGGAAGGUCACAAACCCCCAACAGACAGGGUACAGGUUCACUGAGUGAGAGCUCCAUUCCCUCUAUCUCCGACACCAGCACCCCAAGACGAAGUCGUCGCCAGCUCCCACCUGUGCCACCAAAGCCUCGGCCCCUCCUCUCCUACAGCUCCCUGAUGAGACACACUGGCGGCAUCUCUCCACCUCCUGAUGGAAGUGAGGGUGGAUCCCCACUGGCCUCUCAAGCUCUGGAAAGCAACAGCGCUUGCCUAACCGAGUCUUCCAACUCCUUGCACCCCCAGCAGGGCCAGCACCCUUCCCCACAGCACUACAUCUCUGAGCCCUAUCUGGCCCUCCAUGAAGACUCCCACGCCUCAGACUGUGGCGAGGAGGAGACACUCACCUUUGAGGCAGCCGUAGCUACUAGCUUGGGCCGGUCCAAUACCAUUGGCUCUGCCCCACCCCUACGGCACAGCUGGCAGAUGCCUAAUGGGCACUAUCGGCGGCGGAGGCGUGGGGGGCCUGGGCCUGGCAUGAUGUGUGGAGCUGUCAGUGACCUCCUGAGUGACACGGAAGAAGACGAUAAGUGCUAGAGGCUGCCAUCCCCUCCGAUGCAUGCUCUUCUCUCACAGGGAGAAAACCAAGACCAAAUUGGGAAGCCAGUGCGGCCCGGGGGGGAGGAAGAGGGAGAAGGAAGAUGGAGAAAGGACAGGACGCCAUGCAUCCUCAGAAGAGAGGAAGUAAAAGACAGAUGGAAAAACCAGUCAAACCCACCAAAUUGCAUCAUUUCCCUUUGCAAGAUGGGCACUGCCAUAGUCCUGCCUCUUUGCUGGGGAAAGAAAAUACAGGAAUGUGGGGGUUUAUUCCCAUGGGAGAAGGGACAUGAAGGUGGCUUGACUUCCGUUGCCCCUUCCCACUUUUCAAUAAGCUGCAACAGGAUCUGGCUGACCUGUGUCUAAGCUCAUUGCCCUGAGCAGCUGGGAAGACUUCCCAGCACCUUAGUGAGGGAAGAGUUGAAAUAGCAGGAGAAGAAUCUCCUCACCAGCUCUUGCAUUUUGGCUGCCCUUGGGGCAACCGCAGCAGCAGCAGCAGCAGCAGCAGCAGCAGCAGCAGCAGCAGCAUCUCAUGCAUUAUCUUGGGGCUUGCUUUCCCCCAAAGAGACACAUGCUAAGUCAGGAGCACUAGAUGCUAUUGGGAGAUGGGAGGGAGGAAAAGAAGGGCCAGAGUAGAAGGGCCCAAGGUGCUGUGGCAACAGCAGCAAGGGCUGGUCUGGGUGAGAAAAGCCAUAGCCCAGCAGCCUGUACCAUGAAAGAAAGGGUCAAAGAAAAAGAACUGGAGGUGCUGGUGGGUACAGUCUACACUCUGACAUUUGUCAUUCACACAGUAGGUGCUGUGGUAGAUAGGCUAAAGAGGUUCUCCAGGGCCCACAAAGGUGCCUGUAGCUCUGGUAAGGGUAAUAUUAAUUCCAACAGCUAGGGUCCCAAACCCAGUAGGGUUCAGCCACAGUGUGGGAACCCCAUGCAGUUCUUGGCCUUGCCCUUUAGGUAGUAGGCAGAAGGAACCCCCAACAGUGGGGGCAAGGUAGAGGAGAAGACUAAAGGGACUCUAGACAGACUCAGCUUUCUGACAAGCAUAGGAGGAACUCAGUGUUGGUGACAGGGCUGUGAGCACAGUGAGCUGGAGGCAGGCAGCAGGCCUCUGUCAGACAGCAAGGCUGGUGCUAAGCCAAGCCCAGAAUGGCCAAGAAUUAGCAACUACAUGUUCUCUGCCACUUCUCCAAAUGGGCAGGGAACACAUGUCCCAGAGUGUCACCAUGUAAUGACUUCUGUAAAGAUGAGAGAGUCUGGUAGACUAAAACAGGGAAAUGUUCCCUAAGGGCAUCAGCCUGGGGAUCCCCUGUGAGAAGUCCUUGAGUCCAAAGCUCACACAGCUUGGUUUGGGGUUUGGGGAGUCAGUUGAUGAGGAUGCUUUAAGAUAAUUAAUUAUACCUCAGUUUUGACCUGAGCUGCUGAUUUUAGUAAAAUAGGCUCUGAUGUGACUCCCACUAUCUCUGAAUGUUCUCUGGGCCAGGCCUGGGUUUCGUCCCUCCCCAGAGUAAAGGAUGGGUAGAAGACAACCUCGGGCCACUAAGUCAUUCCUAAUCCCCCAAACCAGAAGCAUCAAGGGAACUUAGGACCCUUUCGCAAUCGCUCCCAUCAACAAUGCAGUCAAGAGCUCCAUUCUGUGGAAUGCAUCACUUAAGCUUCCUUAAGCUUCUCUCUAGUAUCAUCAGAGUGGGUGAACAGAUGCCUGGGAGCAGGGUAUGGGGCAGGACUGCCCUCUCUGGCCUCUGCACGGGACCCUCUCCAGUGAGACUGGAGGCCAUCACACUGAAAACUCAGUGGAUUAAUUCUUUAUCUUCUAGCCUGGGCAGAGUCCUUUGGGACUCUUGCAUGGGAGCAGCAUUUCCUAGAAGAAACUUCUCUUUUCAUAUGACAUUUCCUUUCUAUUCUUCUGUCGCACUCUUUCUAACCUUGGGCUGACACGGCAGCAGCAGCUCUGAAAAGCCAAGUUCAUCCACAUGGCCAUAGUCAUCUGCCACAUUCCACCUUCUCUUCUGAGUAUUGAUGGAGCUUCCAGGAACCAUGGUCAGCCCCAAACCAAAGUAGUCCCACGACAGGUGACCAGUGAGGCCAACCUAAGGCCUGCUCACUCUCAGUUCCUCCUCUUCCACCUCCAUUGCCGUCUCCCUGUGUGCUCAGGGGCAGCUAAGAAUACAAGCAUGAUCCUAAGGGAUGUAUGUGAUUGUUACAUAAAACAGAUGCUGGGCCUUGUGCUGUCUUUAAGGUUUUCUCUGCUCAGCCUCAUCCCAUGCCAAAGUGCUGCUAUAGGCCUCUUUGUGCACAAAAUUGCUUUCCUCUAUAUUGGACAUGCAGCUUUCCUUAGGGGAAGCCUGUGACAGGAUGAACAUUCUGAGCCAGCAAGCCUGUUGGAUGGUUGUUUGAGAAAGUCAAUUGCAGCGAUAUGGCAUUGCUAUCCCAGGAAUGGGAGAAAUGUGGGCUGGCAGCACAAUGAACAGAUAUGGAAUUCAUCUGCAAAGGAUAGUGUCACUAAAUGCACUAAGUCUGAAAUCUUACCACAUUCUUGAAUUCCCUGAACAUGUACACACACACACACACACACACACACACACACACACACACACACACACACGAGCAUUGUAAAGUUAGCAAGUACUGUAGCUGUGGUCACUUAACUGACCACAUGGUUUAAUUUUGUUUUUAGCACUGGUGAACUUAGAAACAUAUUUCUUUAUUCAACUUACCCUGGGUUUCUUUUGCCUUGGACAAUACUUACCCUUCAUUAAGACCAGAACAUAAAAGAAAUUUUGUUAAGUCACAAACACAUUAUCAUAAUAAUCUCUAGUUUCCUACUGCCUCCUAAUAAAGUAGAUUGCCGACUUCCUUUCUUGCAGCUGACCAGGGCUUUCCCUCCUAGCUAUCAGAGCCUGUCUCUCUCUCUCUCUUUAAAAGGAAGCUGCUUUCUCCAAGAUCAUGCUUCUCUUUGCAUCUUCCUGUACCACAGCAUGAAUUCUUUAGUCAGAGAUCUCAUUACCCUUGCAAAAACAUUUGGUCCUCAUCAACCUCAAAACAAGAGAGAGAAGAAGAGGGAGCAUGAAAAGAAGAAGCCAGACAGGGAGGUGGUAUGACUGUGCUUGGGCAUGCCCUUUCUCUGAAGGCUCCAGACAGCUCAUCAUGUCCCUACUUUCCUAUCUGUAGGAGGGCACAGCUUCAAAAGGAUAGGAGAUUCAAGCCAGUGUGAGGAAAACACCUGUCCAUGAAUGGAUGUACCCUCUAGUACCAGGCUUCACAUGAGCCAUGAUGACAGUUUCCAAGGGGAGGGGGUUAGAUCACACUUCCACCUAAGGAAUCUAUUUUUACUGCAGUCUUCCCUUCUGAUUCCAGCUUGUUCUCCAUACUGAGGGCCCAUUCACAUUUCCCUGAAGCAGACUCCAGAUGUUCUGAACCUUUUCCUCCCUUUACUCUGAGGCCACACAAAGAAUGCCCGAUAUUCCAGCUACCUACAUCCAUACCCCACCACCACAGAUUCUUUGUGUGAACUGGAGGGCCCCUUCAGUCUUCCAGCCUUGUCUUUGCUUUGCUGCAUGUUAGCACAUCCUGAGACGGUUAAAUCCAAGUGUGAGGGAACUGCCUCUGUCAUGCUGUUAGGGAAUGCUUCCUUCUAAUGAAGUGUUGUCUGAAGCUCACCAGGUGAGCGUCACAAGACCAUUUCAAGUGAACUAUAAAAGCGUGUGCCCAGGUCUAUGUACCUAAUGAAGGAUCGCUACAGAGAAAUUAGGUCUCUUUGGCAGAGUAGAACAAAAUUUUCAAGCAAUUUUGAUUUUAUUUUUAAACCUGAAUUUUUGUGUUACAUUUCUUUCUGAAGCCUAUAAUGUCUAUUUCAAUUUUUGGACAGAGUAUCUAGGUAGAUAGAGCAGGGAGACGUUGGAAACUUCAUUUCUUAGCUCGGAUAUAACAUUGAAAAAGUUGCAGUCAUAUAUAAAGGAAAUGUGGACAGUGGAAGGGAAUAAGAUUGUGUCCUGAUGUGCAGAGAUUUUCUGAGACUUGAAAGCAUUUUCGCCACAGUUCUCACUAUAAUAGGGCCAUGUCUCUCAUGUUUUGAAACACCUUCCCCCAGGCCUGAGGCUACUGAGGCAAAGCAGCCCAUUCCUUGGGAAGGAUUUCCUCUCCCACCUAGCCAGUGUGUGUCCUUCCCUCCUGGUCCCCAGAGUGUUGCAUACUCCAAGAGAAACAAGAAUACGUUAUGAGGCAGGCAGAAGAGGGUCAGGGGACCCCAUGUAAGUGGCCAGUCACAACGUGAUGGAUUAACCCCAGACAAGAACCAAGGAAUCUGGUUCAGUUCAGAUGAGUUGUCUUUAAAUAUCUCCACAUGGAGACUCUUCUUUUAACAAAAGCUAAACAAAAUUAACUUAGGGGCUAUGACUCAACUCAUCCAUGAAUGUAAUCAAAGGCAGCCCCAUGUUAAGUGCUAUCUAUAUCAGUAGCCUUUUGCAGUUUUUCCUCUGAACCACCCAGAAUAUCCUAGCCAGAUCUGUUCCAAAUAUCAACUUAUACCUUUUCCACUGGCCAAAGAUUACUAGGGUGAUUUGUCAGCUGUCACAGGCUACACCCAUAGUACAUAGAUGUACUACAUGAGGGUAAAAGUCUGGAAAAAAUAACUCUAUUUGCUUUCUGGCAGCCAUAUUUUCCUUUCCUUGACUCUUUUUGUUGUUUUGGAAUUUCCCCCUUUAUUAAUUUGGUAUCAUGUGUAUCCCAGAGAAGUCACAUGACACAAGAACAAAUUUACAAAUUGGUUCAACCUAUCCCAAGGACCUAGAAAGCAUCCCUGAACAGAGUUCAAGUUCAAGCUCAUUUAAUGAGGGCUCUCAGCAAAGUCUAAUAGGAUUUCUGGUAAGGUCUGGGCCAUUGCUUCUAUUUUUAAUAGGUUUCUUUCUGCCCACACACUCCCAUCAUGCUAUGUAUUGAAAGGUUAGUGUCCGAACCUUCCAGAUGCAAAAAGAGACUUUAUAAUAAGCCAUGCUACUACUAUGUAAAUACAUUCUUGGGUUUAGAGUUCUUGUUUAUGGAGUUUUGCAGGAGUUGGAUAGAUAAAGUAAAAGUAUUGAGAUUAAUGUUUAUUUUUAUCUGUUUGGUAGUUUUUGUUUGACUAUCUAAAUAUUUUGGAACAGAUCCACUCUAGAAAAGCAAAGAAGUAUAGAUCUGUGCUGUAUAGUGUUCUAAACUUGCUUUUUUCCCCUAAGAUUAAUUUCUAUCAAAUUAGUGCUAUGGUAAUUGAGUCAAAAACCUGAAGUUACUGUAUCUGCCUUUCUCCGUAUCCAGACCACCCUCUGUCUUGUUAAGUGGCCUUGGACCCUUGUCUCCCUAUAUUCUGCCUCUCCCUCUUUCAAAGGUCUGAAAAUAUAACAUAGGUAUAUGAAAAAAAAAAAAGGAAAACUGCCUUCCCCACCGAAUCAGUCAAAGUCAAGGAAAUUAUAAGAUACAGAAUCAUUUCAGAGCAUAUUUACCCAAUACAUAAUACAAAAUGCAUUCCUCGGUAAGAAGAUAAGUUUAAACAAUGUAACAAUCUGACAAAUGAACUUCACAGGAAGCUAAAUAUAAUUCGCUCCAUCCAGGCUUCACAACUCAUCUGUGCCUUCAGCAAGGAGGUUGCAUAUAUUUCCUUUCCCUUGUUAGGGAAAUUGAAAUUCUGAUGCUUGACCAGUUGGUGUGCGUGUCGAGGGCUUGUGAGUUAAUGGUUAUAAAGCACUGGUCUCCACGAGUCAAGCUGGGAAACCUCCCACUCAUUAUAUCCCACCCAGGACUUGGGAAAUUCUUGGCAUUUCCUCUAAGCAUUUAAUCUUUUUAAGGAACCCUCCAUCUUAAUGGACUGAGGCUAAGUUUGCUUUACUCCUGCCUUCUAUUUCUCAUAUUCUCACUUAGCACUUUUUUUUCCUUUCUUUAAUCCAUGGUAUUUUCACUAAUCAGAAAAGAUGAGUUUUCCUCCAACAAACUUCCUACCAUUGUCUUCUCUUUGUAGACACUUAAGUCAGAGAGCGAAUAACCAACAACUAACAAAGACUAACUAAGCAUCUUCCCCAGCCUGGGUUGGAAAUAUGAGUGAAUUUUAUCUUUUUUCUUCCUCUAAGUUUCUCAGAGAUAAGAAUAGGUUGCUCUCUAUAUUCUGAGAGGAGAUAUUUGAACUUGGGCCACAUAGUUCCGCCACUUCCUCUUUGGUUCUCUCAGACGAUGUCCCCCAAACUAAAAAGGAAGCCGUCACCCUCAUCUGCCACUUCUGACUUGGACCUAAUUUGAUGACAGUUGUUUUCUUUGCAUCAUUCUUGUGUCUUAUAGGCGAUGAUCUAUAUUGCCCAAGAGCCAAUACUUAAAGCAAGUCUAUCAAGGAUAUUUAUGAGAUGAACAAGGAAAACAUUUAAAUGUGUCAAAGUGCCAUUAAUCAAUUUUUAAAAUGGUAAUGUGAAAUGAGGGCUAAAUAGUGUAAUCUAACUGCCAAUUAAAGUACACAGUAGUUCUGGUCUUAGUUACCUUUGAUAUGAAGUUAUAGGCCAUUAAGCAUAUCCCCAUGGGUUUAGCAAAAACAUAGGCAUAGUGUUUUAAUGGCUACAAUAGGGGCGUACAUUUAGAUUGCAGGUUGAACCUUAGUCAGUGUUUUUCUAUCCUGGUGUUUUGUGAACAAUCUGAAAUUUCUACAAAGCCACCCUAAGUGCUGCAAUUGCAGAGGAACUUCCCUCUCGGAGGUGUUAGAAAGCAGUUCAAGGCCACUCACACCGAGUCCAAGAUUUAGAAUUCACUCAGAAAAACCACCAGUGGAGAAACACUUAAUGCGCCAAGUAUGUUUGACACUCCAUACCAGGGAUGAGUACAGAGAAAGAGAGAAACACUAUUGAACAAAGACAAAGUUGACAUGGAAGAUUAAAAAAAAAAAAGUCCCAGAAGAGGACAGGCUUAAAGAUGUUUGACUUUGUAUCCUACUUCUUACUUAGAUUUGGGGUAAAAGCUUUAGCAUGAUAUUGGAUGCAGAGGGGUUGCUUUUGAUAAACUGACUUGCAUCCCCAAAAGAUUAAUGGGUUAAUGAACAUCCUUUCCAGACCCAACAGAUAGAGAAGAAAACAGCAGCCCAAAGACAAUCUAUGACUUCAGAAACUCAUAUAGUAAGCCAAUAUUGGAGAGGGCACAGUACCCUUCUUAGUGGCCUAUGUGCCAUAGGAGGGGGAAAGAGCCUGUGAAGGGGACAGGAGGUGUUUUGUCGGGAAUAGAUUUCAAAUGGCAAGGUGCACUGGUACUAACCUCCAAGGCCAACAUUGUGGGAAGGUGAUCACAGAUAUCUAGGUCAUCCCCUCUAUCCCUUGGGACCCAAGGAAAGGCCUUGAUUUGAUCUUAGAAGAUGAACACGUAGGAUUGGAUCAAGAUGGAAAUUGGGUGCUCUGCCUCAGGUUGUCAAAAAUGCUGCCACUCACAUUAUCAAACAUGUGAGUCAAGCCCAUGAGAUGCCCCCUUAAGGGCAGCAUCCACUGGGGUGCACCAGCCUGACACUCCUGCAGUAGCGGUGGUUGAAUGGCAGCCAAUGCUGGCCCACCCCGAGUAUCGGUGCAUCUUGCCUAACACUGGAGUUCAGCAGUGCAUGUUGGUCAGGUGGAUAUCCUGUAAUAUAAAUGCUCGUUUGGAUCCAAAAGGAAAACCAUUAAAAAUAAAAGAAAGAUGAACAACUUUAUUGUGGGGGGGGGCGGGUCAAGAAAAGUAAAUAAAACCUUGUUGUAAAGAA